AUUAGGAGGAGGAGGUGGAUGGGGUUACAUCUGCCAAUUUUUAAAAUUUUUAAGUUUUCGGUCCCAAUUCAGAGACUUUGUAGGUAUGGAGAUAAUCCAGCAGGAAGUCAUGUUGCUUCAAAUUUGCUAGAGUAAUGGUUGGCUUUAAAGUAAGGAGAAUACAAGAGAUCGUGAAGCUUGUGAUGGGCCCAUUUUCCUGACUUUACAGUAAAUUUUAGUACAAUCACAGGGAAGUCUGAAAUUUUAAAAGAAAGCUGACUGGAUCCUCCUCAGUUGGAUUUUGGCUGCAUCUUGCAAGUCCUCCCCUCGGGGAGCACACAGUGAGGCAGGUUCUUUGCCGUAAAUUGUGGAAUAGCGGCCUGGCGACUGCAGGCCGGGGACUCACUAAAGCAUACUUAGAAAGAGCGGGGACAGAGAGUUGAAGGAGGAGGUUGCAGAGCGGCAGAGUGGCACGUGCAAGCCCACAGGUGAAAAUUUCUCCCGUGACUCAAUCCCCCGCCUUAAUUCACUUCUCUGCGGACCUAUCUCCAUCUCUGUAAGAUGGAAAGACAUUAAAAGCACCGCCUCCACCUCCCCAACUUUGAGAAGUAACUUGUCUUGCGGGGAACUUUUCUGGAGGAAGGGUGGGGUGUGCAGCCCUGCCUGGAGAGGGCCCCAAAGCGCCAACCCACUGCAGAGACAGAAGGCCGCGUACCACUGAGGCCGGCUAGCGGCGGACUCGGGUGAACCCACCCUCGCGAUCUGUCAAAUCUGUCCCCAGGGGAGGUCCCCCUUUCGGGAGGAAGCUUUUAAGGGGAUUAUCAAAAUCACCCUCGCGCUUCCUUCACUCACUCCUUGGAGCCGGAGGGCGCGCGCAAGGACCAUGUCGGCGGAGACCGCAACCGGCCCCACGGAGGACCAGGUGGAGAUCCUGGAGUACAACUUCAACAAGGUCGACAAGCACCCGGAUUCCACCACGCUGUGCCUCAUCGCGGCCGAGGCCGGCCUUUCCGAGGAGGAGACCCAGAAAUGGUUUAAGCAGCGCCUGGCGAAGUGGCGGCGCUCAGAAGGCCUGCCCUCAGAGUGCAGAUCCGUCACAGACUAAGGAGAUGGCAGGCUCUGACAGCUUCACUCCAUGAAGGCCAUCUGCUGUUUCUCUCCUCUGCUUAACCAAGCUGUUGUGGUUUUUCAGCAUAGUGUUGUAUGUUCCGUUGCUAGCUGUCCUGCUAUUUAACACAGUGUUGUAUUUUUUUUCUAAAUGUACAUAGUUAGAAAACAACAAUAGGAAGCUACAUGUAUCUUCUGUGUAAAGCAGUGGCUUCACUGGAAAAAUGGUGUGAUUUGCAUUUCCCUUUGAGUCAUGAUGACAGAUGGUGUGAAAACCAGCUAAGUUUGCUUUUGACCAUCACCUCCCAGUAACAAUUUGCUUUCAUAAUCCAUUUAGCAAUCCAGGCCUCUGUUGAAAAGAUAAUAUGAGGGAGAAGGGAACACAUUUCCUUCUACACUUACUUCCCUAAGUCACUUUCCUUAUGUUUCAUCUAAUACAAUGAUGGUUGAGUUAAAAUACAGAAGGGGUGUUUGAGUAUUCAGAUUUCAUAAAACACUUCCUUGGAAUAUAGCUGCAUUAACUUGGAAAGAAGCCUGUUAGGCUAGAAGACAGAAACUCCAAUUGGCAAAAAAGCAAGGAUCUAAGAAAAAAAACCACCAAAGGUCUUGAAUUUACUGUAUUUAAAUGCAUUGGUUAGGUUUAUUUUGCUAAAUAAAGUGAACAACUUUUUGUCUCUAAAAUGAUAUUCUAAAUAAAACCUUAACUUUUUGUUGAA